AUCGUCAAGCUAGCAGCACCAAGUUGUCGAACACUUGCCUGCUCUUGAGCUCGAUCAAGCUAUCAUCAGCUGCGUCUUGCGCACAGCAACAGCUUCCCAACUGCAACCGUAGCAGCCACAACUUCCAUGGAGGCACAGAACGUGGAGGUUGCUGCCCUGGUGCAGAAGAUCGCGGCCCUCCACGCCGCCAUCGCUAAGCUGCCGUCGUUGAGCCCGUCCCCUGACGUCAACGCGCUGUUCACCAGCCUCGUCAUGGCCUGCGUCCCGCCGAGCCCUGUCGACGUGACCAAGCUCAGCCCAGACGGCCAGAGGAUGCGGGAGGAGCUCAUCCGCCUCUGCUCCGAUGCUGAGGGCCACCUCGAGGCGCACUACGCCGACAUGCUUGCCGCGUUCGACAACCCGCUCGAUCACCUCGGCCGCUUUCCAUACUUCAGCAACUACAUCGACCUGAGCAAGCUGGAGUUCGACCUCCUGGUCCGCUACAUCCUAGGGCUCGCACCUUCCCGUGUCGCCUUCGUUGGGUCCGGUCCCUUACCGUUCAGCUCGCUCGUGCUCGCCGCACGCCACCUGCCCAACACACUGUUCGACAACUACGAUCGGUGCGGCGCCGCUAACGACCGUGCGCGGAAGCUGGUCCGUGCGGACAAGGACCUGAACGCACGCAUGUCCUUCCAUACGGUCGAUGUCGCCAACAUGACGGACGAGCUCGACAAGUACGACGUGGUCUUCCUUGCCGCGCUCGUAGGCAUGGCGGCCGAGGACAAGGCUAAGGUGGUGGCGCAUCUUGGCAGGCACAUGACUGAUGGAGCGGCUCUCGUCGUGCGCAGCGCCCACGGGGCUCGCGCCUUCCUCUACCCGAUCGUCGAUCCUGAGGACAUCCGUCGCGGCGGGUUCGACGUGCUUGCCGUGUACCACCCGGACAACGAGGUCGUCAACUCCGUCAUCAUCGCGCGUAAGAUGGACGCCCACGCCAAGGGGCUUCAGAAUGGACACGCGCAUGCACGCGGCACGGUGCCGAUAGUGAGCCCGCCGUGCAAGUGCUGCAAGAUGGAGGCCAAUACGCUCCAGAAGAGGCAGGAGAUGACGACCACGACCGAGUUGUCCAUCUGAUGUAAGGAACUUUUGAGGACCUGCGCAUGGUAACAAUAGUUACAAAUCGUUGUUGCGUGACUUGUGUCUCUGAAUCUCUCGUGUAACUGUUCGUCUGCACUUCUUUAUUUGAUGUCAUGUGUUGUGAAGUGUUUAAUAAGAACGUGUUCUUCCUAUGUGAUGAUUAUGCCAUGUUGCCAGCACUUU